ACCCUGCGUCGCCAGUAUCUAUGGCCCAAGUUAGCACAAGACGUGGCCGCCUGGGUACAGGGCUGCCGCGCGUGUCAGCAAUGCGGGCCGAAACCAGCGCGAUAUCAGGGAGCCCUGAGACCGUUCCGCGUCAGUCGAACGAAUCAGCUGGUCGGGAUCGACCUGCAAGUGCCAUUCCCGCGCUCCCACCGGGGAAACCGAUAUAUUCUCGUAGCGGUAGAGUACUUCACACGCUACCCCGUAGCGGUAGCCAUCCCCGAUAAGACAGCCCUCGUGGUGGCCCGAGCAUUCGUAGAGCACUACGUACUGAAGCACGGGAUCCCCGAACAAGUCAUUACUGACCAGGGUAUUGAGUUCGAGGCAGAGCUAUUCCAGGCGCUGUGCCGGGAGUUCGGGAUCCAGAAGGACUGAACUACGGCGUAUCACCCCCAGGCAAAUGGGAUGGUGGAGAGGAUGAACCAGACUCUGGCCGGGAAGCUUAAAUGCAUGGCGGCCGCAAAUCAAUGGGACUGGGACGAACACCUCCCCUACGCUCUGUUCGCCUAUGCCACCACAGUACACACAUCUACGGGACAGACCCCAUUCCUAAUGAUGUUUGGUCGCGAGUCUCGCCUGCCCACAGAUCCGCUGUUCGGUGUCCCUCCGCCGCAAUGGGAGGAAGGGAGCCGCCCCGUGGAGCACUUGAUGGAGACCCCACGAGGAGCUAGGGUCCGGGCCUACCCGCAAGGCGAGGCCGCACACCAGCGGCAGGAGCAGGGCGCCCGACCCCGAAUUCAGCCCCCCUUCUACUCAGCGGGCUCUAAGCCCGCAGGUACCCAGGACCGGAGAGAACCACUGGAGUGGAGGAGCAGACCACCGCCGGAACCCCGAGAGACGGAGCCACCACCGCCGAGGCCAGCCACGAGGGCCGGACGAGUCCCGCGGACCCUGCGGCGCUACCUUGUAGGGGCAACCCAGACGAGGUGCUCCAGUCAACCCGGGACGGGGACUGGCACCUCAGGGGGCUGUGUGGUGCCGCCGCAGUGGAGCCGCUCCGUCGAGGCCGUACCCACGGCCGUGACGCCGCCACCGGUGCCUCAGAUUUCCCGCCACUCUCCCGAGGCCGGUGCUCUCUCAGACGUCCGCUUUUUACCUUCUACACAGUUGUGGUGCCGCUGCAGCGGAGCCGCUCCCUCGGUGCCGUGCCCACCGCCGUGACGCCG